AUGGGACAGGGAAGUUCUUCCCAUGACCUUUUCCUUAAGGGCAUUAAAGAGGCCCUCAAGACACGAGGGAUAAGGGUUCGUAAAAAAGAUCUCAAUAAAUUCUUUAGUCACUUAGAAGACUGUUGUCCCUGGUUUCCCCAAGAAGGAACGAUUGAUGAAAAACGUUGGAAAAGGGUGGGUGACUGCCUUAUUGACUACUACCGCGUCUUUGGUCCAGAUAAAGUCCCUGUUGUAAUCUUUUCCUAUUGGAACCUUGUUAACGAUAUCCUCAAAAUCCAAAGAACCUUCCCCUCCCCUGACAUCGAGUCGGUUAUUUCUCAGGGACAAAAAGUCAUGAAAGAACAGUCUCGUCCCCCCUCUCGUGCUGAUUCACAUCCUCCCCGACCCCCUUCACGAGCACCCUCUAUACAGGAGAUUAAAAAUAUGGAAGAAGGAGCCCAAUCACCCCCACCCCAGUCUAUCUACUCCUCCCUUCAGGAGCUUGACCCGGCCCCCCUUAACCCUGGCGAUGAGGCCAGUCAAAAAAAAGAGGCUGCCAAAUAUAAUUUUGAUUGGCCACCUCAUGUGUCCUUGGCCCCCUUAACCCCCCUCUCACAAAAGCCACUUCCAACAAAGACACCAUACAAUCUUACUCAGCCCCCUCCUUAUGAUACCCCUCCCAUUGCCCCCUUUUGUGCCCCCGUCAUUGAGGCCCCUGCGGGUUCACCGCUGGCGCUCCCAAUGCUGACCCCCGAUGAUUCAGAAAUUCCCCCUAAUCUCGUAACAGAAUUACAGCGCCUACAGGGCACACUUCGGGCCCGCAGACAACACCUGGCCCUUCUGAAGGAACUACGCUCCCUUGAUCAGGAGCUCUCUGAUCUCGCCCUGGGUGCCCCCAAAACUCGGCCUUCCCCCACAUUUCCCUCACUCAAAAAACCUCGGCCACAGCCAGUUUUGGCUUUUCCCGUUACCCGAAGCCAGACAAGUGGAUCAGAUCUGCCAAUUCUGCCCGAGAUGGAGGAAUUGCCUCCCCUUGAAGAGGAGGGAGAGACACUCCAUGAGGAGGGGCCCCCGGUUACGGGCUCCGGGGACGAUCAGGGCCCCCCACCCGGUCAGUCUUACCAAAAACUUAGCUUUCGCUUUGUUGAGCGCCUUAAAUCAGCCUGCGCUCAAUAUGGCCCCACCGCUCCCUUUACCCUUGCAUUGCUAGAAAACCAGAGUGAGGCCUGGCUUACGCCAAACGAUUGGUAUUUUCUGGCCCGUGCUGCCCUGUCUGGGGGCGAUUUUGUCCUAUGGAAAACUGACUUUUCAGAAAACUGCCGUGAGACGGCCCAGCGCAAUGCUGAUGACCCUUCCUCAAAACACUGGACCAUUAAUAAACUACUUGGAAAAACUCCUUAUGACAAAAACGAGGUCCAGGCCACCUUUCCACCCGGCUUAUUGGCCCAGAUUCAGGUCGCCGGCCUUCGAGCCUGGAAACGGCUUCCCCAAAAAGGUGCCGCUACCACCUCAUUGGCCAAGGUGCGUCAGGGACCAGAUGAGCCCUAUAGCGAUUUUAUAUCCCGUCUUAAUGAUGCUGCUGAGCGCCUCCUGGGCUCAGGGGAAAGCGAAAGCACAUUUGUUAAACACCUUGCCUUUGAAAAUGCAAACCCAGCAUGUCAGGAGAUCCUCCGCCCCCACAGAGAUAGGGCCCCCCUUUCUGAGUACAUCCGCCUUUGUGCUGGAGUAGGCUCCGCCCACACCAUAGGCUUGGCUAUAGGCGCAGCCCUAAAGUCGGCAGGCGCCCAAGAUUUGAGAUCCCAACAAAGUCGCCUUUGCUUCUCCUGUAAACAACCGGGACAUUUUGCGCGGGAAUGCCCUAAGAGAAUCCCUGCCCCCUUGGGGGGUACGGCCACGAUGCCCCAGCCCGGGGUCACCACUCGGCCACUACCAACUACCCUAUGUCCUAGAUGCGGCCGUGGCCUUCACUGGGCGAGAGAAUGCAGAUCUAAAACCAAUGCUCACGGUCACCCGCUCCCUCCCCGCCCGUCGGGAAACUUCCUUCGGGGCCAGCCCCUGGCCCCUCCGCUCCGGGGAGUGCCCCAUGGGGCCUCGCAGGCUGCUCCCCAACUGUCUGCUCCCUCCAACGGGCAACCCCAGGUAGCGCAGGCUUGGACCUCUGUGCCGCCACCGACACAAUACUAG